AACGAGUAUAUGAAAGACAACUUCCUGAUCAAGAUUGAGACAUGGCACAAACCUGACAUGGGACACCAGGAAAACGUACACGGUUUGGAUGCAGAAACUUGGAAGAAGGUGGAUGUAGUCUAUAUUGACAUUGCAGACAGAAGUCAAGUAGAGCCAAAGGACUACAAGCCAGAAGAGGAUCCCUGCAAAUAUAAGUCAGCAAAGACAGGCCGAGGGCCUCUUGGACCAGACUGGAAGAAGGAGCUUCCUAACAAGAAAGACUGCCCUCACAUGUGUGCCUACAAACUGGUCACUGUCAAAUUCAAGUGGUGGGGCCUGCAAAAUAAAGUGGAGAACUUCAUUCAAAAGCAAGAGAAGCGCUUGUUCACUAAUUUCCACCGUCAGCUGUUCUGCUGGAUCGACAAAUGGAUCGAACUGAACAUGGAAGACAUCCGCCGCAUGGAGGAGGAGACACGCAAGGAGCUAGACGAGAUGAGAGUAAAAGACCCGGUGAAAGGGAUGGUGGCUUUAGAGGACUGAGGUUGUGUUGGACUGUGAACGCUGCUGCAGAUCAGGUGAGUGGAGUUGUUUUUCUCAGCCAGAACCGGCUCCAGAAAAGUUCAGCUGGGGAGCUGUUGCUCGUUUUGGGGGGCAUAGUCAUCACACGUCAGCUCUAAGGUCAUCUGGACUCGACAAGUGAACUGCUGUUGUUGUGAGUGAGGGACUCUCCAAAAGAGCAGAAUGGAGAGGCGGAGCUAAUGUGCUCGUUGUCAUGGCGCUUUGGUGCACUUGCCUCACUGAUGCUGAAGCAGUUUCAUUAGUUUCAUUACCCACGUUUUAAAUAACACUAGUGCUGCUACUGCCAUGAAGUGGUGGAAACUGCAAAAUAGCAGAGUGGAGAGGCGGAGCUAAUAUGCUCAUUGCAGCAGCGCUUUGCUGCACUUGCCUUGCUGAUGCUGAAGUAGUUUCAGUAAUUUC